UUGCCCAUAUGUGCUGCACAUUUAGCUGAACAAGAUGAAACAGCACCAGUUUUUCCUUUUUCAGCUGAAACAACACCGCUCCCACCGACUGCUUGCCAGAAUGGUGGUGUCGUUGAUCCCAACAAGAAUUCGUCGUGUAUCUGUCCACCCAACUACGGAGGGGAUCAUUGUGAAAAUGCAAUCUGUCAAAAUGGAGGAACAAGCCUUGGAGCUUACUGUGCAUGUGUUCCUGGAACGGGUGGAACUUUCUGCGAAUUGUAUGCGUGUACUGAUACAAAGUUAUACCCAAGAAUCUCAUUCGGUGGCCAAUCAAUGUCGUUCGUCCUCUCGGCUCGUCCAACGAUGCAAGCAGCCAUUUCCUCCAUUGCUGCUGGAAUCACUGAUUUUGUUCGAGAUGUGCAGGAUUCGUCUGCUGACUGGAUCGUCUCCUGGAACCUUAUCGUAGUCAAUAAUCUCGCGGCUUCCAUGGUAUACACUGGAGAUAAUCCUAACGAUUUUGUUAUGAAUGUCAAAGCAGUAGCGGCGAAUCUUAACAACUAUACCACACCUGAUGCUACGAACUGUUCUGUGGCGAUCGAAUCCGGCCUACUCUUGGCUACUUACUACUCUGAACCUCGUUCAUCCGUGUAUCUGUUCGCAGAUUCCGAUGGACCUGACACCGAUUCCUUUAUAACCUUGUAUUCUCAUGCUACAGAAUAUCAAAUAUCAUUGAACUUGGUUGGUGUGGGUAAUACGAUUUGCACGGAUCCAAAAAAUAAUGGUCAGUUCCCGGACUAUCUCCAAAGCCUCUCCUCGAUGACGUCUGGUUUUGUCUACAUGACGCCACAAGUGGAUAAGAUGCUGCCAUUCAUCUCGUCAUUCUACAAAUCUGGCCUAGCCUCUCGAGUGUACUUCGAAGAUUGCUCCAAGGGUGUUAGCUACUAUGUUCCAAUAGACUCGUCAACUGAGUCCUUCACAUUGGCCGUAGGUGGACGCAAUCUCACUAGUGUUGUCGUUACUCUACCAGAUGGCUCGCCGGGUCUCUACAACAUGCUCUCAGUCCCACUGAUCGAUGAUCCAGAACUAAACAUUCAACAGUUCAUUCAAGCAUGCGAUGGUUUCCAAUGGAACUACAAAGAUCAGUACUGCUACCGAUUCUCUCCAGAAAAGCUUACAUGGCUGAAAGCAAACCAGUUCUGUCACAGCAUUGGAGGUUACAUGGUCGAUGUGCACAGUCAAGCUAAAGACGAUUACAUAAAAGCUCAAACUGGUGGAGCUGCAGCUUGGAUUGGCCUAAUUAGAAACAACAAUGCCUGGGUUUGGGAUGUACCAACCGGUAACAGCUAUCAGAAUCUGGGCGAUUACACCAACUGGGCUCCAGGAGUUGAUCCUAACAACACAACGUUCAACUGUGUUAUCAGUGAUAAGGACGGCUACUGGGUUCCUACCGACUGCAACCAGCUAUAUUAUCCUGCCUGCCAAAAAUAUCGUUAUGGUCAAGGAUUAACACCAGGCAAUAGCACAAAUAUGGUACCAGCGGGUCUGUGGAAGGUUCAGGUGCAGACCACUCAAGGCUCCUGCCACGCCCAUGUUCGGGCUCAGUCAGACAUUCAGGUAUUCUACGGUUUCACACUUUCACCGAAUGGUGACUAUCCGGAGCUGUACGCCAACUCGCAAUCCGAUGCCAACUACCUUGUUGCGGACGCUGUCGGUCUACUUCCCUUCCACUUUGACGUACUUCCAUCACUUGAAGGGCGACUGAACUACGCUAUUCUUGGCUAUGACUACAACAUGACAAUGCCACUUGUCAUGCAGGAUAGAUGGCUGUGUGGAUAUCCUCAGGUAUCCACUAAGUUCAAAUGCCCGCAACAGGGAUCUAUCACAGAGUUCUUUGUAAAGGUAAUCCUCUAA